GACUUUAUACGUAAAUAUUAUCAAAUAGCAUCGACACCGGAUAUGGCCCGAAACAGUCGAGUUAAGGAAAUGGCAAUUUACGAUGGUUGGUCAAGCACUGUAAAAAUGGAGCCUUAAAAAUUCAGACAGAGAGAGAGAGAGAAAAAAUCGCACGGGGAUAGCUCUGACACAACUUUAUUGGUCUUACGACGAUAGAGAUGUUGUGUCAUGGCUACUGAUGAAGAUGAAGAGAAAUGUAACAAUGCGAGUUACUAUACUCGUGUGUAGUAUACUGACUUUAGUGUGCUCCUUUGAACUCACAUUAUACCCCUCCACUAGCUGUUACCAGGAACAUGGAGAUAUGAUACUGAAAUGCAUCGUUAGUGACCAGAACACCACCAAUGUCAAAUUUCAGUUUAAAUCACGUGACAGGCCUGAUGUUGUAUAUGAACUAAAUUCAACAUCUGUCAGCUCAAAUGCAGUUGAAACCAGAAUUCCUAAUGUGACCGUUCAAAAUAACGUAGGGACGUAUUUCUGUAGAAGAGAUGAUGAAUACAGUCGUCAGAUCACGUACAUUGAAGAAAAGGUGGUCCUACCUGACGAUGUUCUGUGUUACUUUUGUAAAUCCCAGGGAUCCUUGGAAUCUGUGACGUGUGAAUGGAUGGGAGAUAACUCCACCUGCUGGAAUCUUUCUAUCGUCACCGCUGGUUUGGGAUAUUAUGUAGAUGAACAAACUUGCAACGUCUCCAUGACUUGCGAUGAGUUCUCUCCCUUGGCUAACUGUAUCCGAGCGAGGUAUAGAACCAAAAUGAAAAUGAGUGCAGUCUGCCCAGUGUCUUCUGUGGACGGAGGAAAAUUUGAUUUAAAACUAACUGGAAUGAAGCUGACAUCAACAGCAAGCCAAAUCAUUCAUAAAUUGAUAGAUUGCUCAAUAGUGAAGCUUCAGAUAAGUGAUGCGCAGACGCAGAAUGUUUCUGGCACGCAGUCCGUUCUAGUCUGGAGGACAACAUCUUGUAUGGAGAGAGACUGUGAUUGUCGUAUACAGUGUGUUGUAAAAACCAAUGACCUCCCUCAUACCACAGUCAUACAGCGAUGCUCUAGUGACACCUUGUUCGAGACCGUUUUGAGGAACUUACAAGAGAUGACGCAGUACAGAACUGUGGUACGGUGCACGACAGUGGGUUCCGGUGUUUGGAGUGAUGAAGAGGACGUAAAUUUCACAACACCAUUGGAAGCGCCGUCUGGUGGGCAACUGGUGGGUCCUGGAGGAUACAAUAUGUACGUCUGUCAAGAGCGAUUCUACUGUCUGGUUUUGUACUGGAGGGAUACAAAGGGGAAAGUUUCCAAAUAUCAGAUAUCAGUUUCCAACCAAACGAAGAAGUUUGACUUUGAAGUCCCCAGUUCACCAAUGAGUCAACUCCGCAUCCCCAGGACAAGUGACUGUCAACAGUUUGAUGUCAGCGUCUAUGGUGUGAAUUCUGGCGGAAUAUCGAGAAAUGGCACCCUCCUUCGAGUAAAGGACCAGUCGUGCGCUAUUCGUCAGUCGAUAGGGUGCACGGUACAAUACAAUCAGAGCUAUGACGGGUAUCAAGUAUCCACAGAUGUGAACAGUUUAUGUUUGGAAAAGACCGGAUGUGAUGUGACUUAUUUUUGGUGUCAGGGAAUUAGAAAUAUGUCCCAUGUAGAAUGUGAGAAUUUCGUCUGGUGGACCACAGAUGAACUCAAUGAGUCAAUCACCUUCAUUUCACUCCACGAAAACGACAGGGGACUUAAUAACAGUUUGUAUAUAGGAGCUUCCGUCAGCUACUAUGGUCAAACUACUGGGAUAGACUGGAGUGCAUGCAAAGAUAACGUUGCAAAAGUGGUUUCGAGGACCGGCUCGGCCUCUGCAGUGUCUAUUAUCAUUCCUUGUGUCGUGUGCAUUGUGAUAGUGGUAGCCACAGCAUUUCUGUGUGCAAGGAGAGGGCUUUUCAAAGAAAAAUUCCGGAAAAUGGCUACAAUAUGCUUCAAGAAACAUGUUACUUCUGUUGAACACUUUCAAUCUGAUCACUUGACUCGAUAUCAAAGCGAGGCUCACAGACGAGAGUCUUCUGAUCUUCAACAACAUACCCAAACAUUAUCUGUAUCUAUCAUCAGCGGUUCGACAAUGUCUCCUCUAGAAGUAGUUGUUGAGAGCCCUGAUCAUUACCAGGAACUGGACUUUUCUGCUUUGGUAAUCGACUUGGACGAUUCAUCACAAGGAUCGCAGACGACACCGGAAAGUACUCGCUCAAUUACACCAGACGUUAACACGUCCGACGCUAUACAGUCGCAGGACUCCGUCUCAAUCACUUCAGACGUUAACACGUCGGACUCUAUACAGUCACAGAUCUCUGACUAUGUUGGUUUAAAUGAUUUGACUUUUAUUACCAGCAAUGGUGAAAUUGAGAUGAAGACAAUGAGAGACAACGACGGAUUUUGUAGUUUCUCAGAUAGGAACCAGACGUAUGGAAAACAAAAUUUCGAGGUGCACAAAUGCACUGACAAUUCCAAAGCGACCAACAAUAUGGACUACGUGUCAAAUUUUGAAAGUAGAACUUGUGAGAACAUACUUUUGGAAAACGGAAGUGAAAACAACUCACACUGCUCCUUAUCAUCGGGGUACGUCCGCGCUGAUAUGACAUAGAAUGUAGUUCUAAACUAUGGGAACAGUACUCCCGAAGAACAGUGAUGUGAUAAUUAUAUGCGUUCGUAUACACUGUUACAAGACACGAAGAUAUUCGAUGGCAUAUGUAAGACAUGCGAAGAUGUCUGUAAGACAUUCGAUGAUAGAUGUAUAUGUAAGACAUGGGACGAUGUAUGCAAGAUAUUUGAUGACAUAUGUAAGACAUGCGACGAUGUUUGCAAGGUGUUCGAUGAUAUAUAUAUAAGACAUCCGACGAUGUAUGUAAGAUAUUCGAUAUAUGUAAGACAUGACGAUAUACAUGUAUGUAAGGCUUGUUUCAAAACAAAGUGACCACUCAACGAAGAAUACACAAUUGAUGAUAUACAAACCUGAAAUUAAUUUUUAAUUUCUCUUUUAGCUGACAUGAGCUGUGAGUUUAAAUGUGUUUUUCUGAUAACUUUUUGUCCGUCUUGCUUCUUUCCGCUCAUCCGCUUUUCCCCUCUCCCCAGAAACACUGGGCCAAUUUCAACCAAACUUGCCAUAAAGCAUCCUUGGAUGAAUCGGAUUCAAAAUUCUUCAAACAAAGGAUCAAGCCCUUUUAAUGGGAUACAUAGGGAAGAAUCUUUUAGAAUUUUCUUCUCAAUAACAGUUCUAAUAGCAUCCUAAUGUAAUGUGGUUUCAAGUUAGCUCCAAUCAUGAACGAUGGAUGGGGUCACAAGUGGAGAACAAAGUUUUAUAUGAGAAUACAUGGGGAAAACUAGAAAAAUGUCUCCAGAACAACAGAACCAUGAUUAGUCAUUUGCUCACCUGUUGAGCUUUUCUUACCACCUUUUUUCCCGCGUCUGUCCGUUUGCCUGUGUGCUUGCACAUAUUCGAUUUCUUCUGUAGAUCCACUGGACAAAUUUUAAACAAACUUGCCAUAACAAUUAAAGGGAGUUCAAAACAUUUAAGUGAUGGGUCACAUCCUUUUCAAAGGGGAGAUAAUUAAAAAUAGUGAAACUAUAGUGACAUCUUUUAAGAAUAUUCAAAAGAAUCUCUUAACCAGAAAAGACGAAAUUUAGGUGGAAAUUUCAUGUACGAGAUUCAAAAUUGUUCAAAUCAUGGCCAGGGGUAUGAUGAGACCAGGGGGUUAAAGUUUUACAUGGGGAUAUAUCUUCUCAAGAAUAAUAGGGCUUUGACAAAUCACAUCGUGAGGGCUGGGGGUAUAGAGUGUGGUCAUAAUUGAGGGACAAAGUUUUAUAUGCGAAUAUGUAGGAAACGUCGUGAUAAUUGGUCAUAAUAGUAUGCAAGAAUCCUUAGGAAGUGCAGAUAUGUUUUUUUAAUUCGUUAUUUUCGGGGAUAAUGUGGAAUCACAAUAAAGUAUCAAAGUUUACAUGGGAUUUUAUGAUAAAAAGUUAAUCGAAAUCUUUUUCCUAUGAACAGGUAGUUUAUAAUUAGUCAUGUAAACAGAUGAGACAUCCUCAGGUAAUGAAUAUUCAAAUUUGUUUAGAUUAUUGCUCUAGGGGCUCGGUGGGGCCACAAUAGGGGAUCCAAGUUUUACAUGGAAAUAUAGAUGGUAAACAAUAUUCUAAAGAACAGCAGGACACGAAGGAUGCUCAGGUGAGUGAUGUGGCCCAUGGGCCUCUUGCUCUGUCAUCACUCUCUGUAAAGGAUACACGAAUGCAGUGUUAAGGUUUUCAUCAUUUCCUUGUAUCGAUGGCAAAUUUGAAAGAAGUCAUUCCAGGAGUUUUCUACACACAAAAACGCUGAGAGUACAGGAACCAUGAUGGCACAACUACAUUUUAGUUAUGAGAUUGAUCACUGUUCGUUAUAUUUACCUUUCAUAAAAGAAAACAAGAUUAUAAGUGUACUUUUAAAAUAUCCAUUUAUUGAAAAAAAAAAUACAUAUUGUUGUAAGAUACAGGUAUUUACAGUGAAAUAGAUUUGCUAAUUAUAUUACGUGCAUUUUGUAUGUUUACUCAUGAAUAUAAGAAUGAAUUAUGUAAUUAUGCACAGAUUGAAUAAACAAAUUUUGCAAUGUAUUUAAAAUGGGCAGAUUUUUUCACAUUCUGUUUAAGUGUACUUUGUUACUACAUGUAUACGAACAUGUCUUGGGGAAAAUCAUAUGAAAAGCAUGGAAAUUGCACAAAGAUGGACGUAAAUAAUAUAGUGUGGACGGAUGUUGUAAGCAUGUCAACAUCAUAUAUAUAUCAUUUUCAUAUGAUAUUUAUAAAGACAAACAUGGUACAAAUUUUGACACUGAAAUGUGUACAUAUACAAGUUUCAUAUAAAGUUUCUUUUAAUUUCAUAUACUUCUGGGAUUAAAAUAUGAAAUCAAGUUGUUAAUAAAUCUCAAGGAAUGCAUCAUGGGUAUAGUACAUAUGAAAAUGUGUGAUCAACAAAUUCUAAAUACAACUAGUGGUGUGUUUUGUCUAUAACAAACAUCACAAAACAUUGUUUAUUUCUACAGAGAUGGCUGAAUUUCCACUGUUUGCUCCACACCAAAUCUGAAGUAGCAAUUUCCGCUGACGUCCCAAUCUACCUCCUUAUCUUUGAUAGUGCAGUCUCUAAAUGCCCAUUCUUUAUGGCAGUACCAUCUCAUAAUUUCUACGAACGGUGCGUCCAAAGAAAAUAAGAACUUGUCGUCGAGUCUGCUGUGGAUUGCUAUAUGCACCGUUCCGUAAAUGGUUGUCUUCAUCUGGAAGGAUGCGUUGUACUCCUUCUCGGUGAUGGAUAUUUUGGCGGACACCUGUUUAUUUCUAGGAACCUUGACCUUACAGUCGGAUCCCCAGGUCAUUGUCUGCUCUGUGGACUCUUCAGAAUUGUCUGUGACGUUCACAGAGUAUCCAAAAUUGGCUGUGGCAUUUGCGACCUCUCCCGGCACGGCCAGUUUGAGUCCUACGUUGAUUCCUUUAGUGUAUCCUUUGUUGACGUAAGCUUUGCAGAUGCUCUUGGUGCUUCUUUGCAUGGAGAUAGAAUGCUCCUGCUCCCCCUCUGUUCUGUUGACGUAGACAGACCUGUAAAUCUCUUGAGCUUUUGGGAUUUCGAUCAGCUGUGGAGGAAUUUUUCCUUUCAUGGGUUUUCCACUAACGUGUCCAUUGCCAAUGCUGUUGAAAUUUGGGUCCGAUGCCACAAAUUUGGUCCUUGUCCAAUCUAUGUCGACUCGAACAUCCUUAUACUUAUAUUUGCUUUUAUUUUCGACGAUCUCCAAAAACUUAUUCCAUGAGUAAUCUUUGGUGAUGCUUUCUAUGUCUGUAAGAUCUGCCAUGGUAGUUUAUGCUUUCAGUUUCCAAGAAUAUUUCAACGAGAUACUUGAGCUG